AUGUCGUCCUCGCGUGUGGGAUUCCGUUUCCUCAACAAUACGCGUUUUGCGUUCCGCAAUGCCUCUGCGCCGUUCCGCCGGCCGGGCGCCAAAGGUUUCCGCUUCCAGAGCUCCGAGGCCGGCACCGCGGAGCAGCAGAGCACUUUCCAGCGUAUGUGGAACAGCCCAGUUGGUGUCAAAACUGUGCACUUCUGGGCUCCCGUCAUGAAGUGGGCUCUCGUCAUCGCCGGUAUCUCCGACUUCAACCGCCCUGCCGAAAAGCUCUCCCUGACCCAGAAUUGCGCCUUGAUGGCCACUGGAGCCAUCUGGACACGGUGGUGCCUGAUCAUCAAGCCCCGUAAUGUCCUGCUUGCCGCCGUGAACUUCUUCCUCGGAUGCGUCGGUGUCGUCCAAGUGUCCCGUAUCCUGAUGUGGCAACGCAGUCAGAAGGGCUCGACUAUCGAGGCUGUCAAGGAGAUUGAGCAGGAAGCUGCCGAUUCGGUCAAGUCUGUCGCCAACGAGGCCGAGAAGGCUGUCAAGACUGUUGGGGAGAAAGCCACUUAA